AUGUUAGUGUCUGAAGCCAAGCCAGAAGAGGAUGAGCCAGCUGAAGAAUCAGAAGAAGUUGUGACUGAGGUCACUGAAGUCACUGUAACCAAACUUGACGAAAAGAUUGUUGAAGCAAAGGCCAUUUCUCCGGUGGUUGAGGCCAAGCAUGUUGAGGUUGAGAAACCAGCCUCACCAGUGUCUGAAGCCAAGCCAGAAGAGGAUGAGCCAGCUGAAGAAUCGGAAGAAGUUGUGACUGAAGUCACUGAAGUCACUGUAACCAAACUCGAUGAAAAGAUUGUUGAAGCAAAGGCCAUUUCUCCGGUGGUCGAGGCCAAGCCUGUUGAGGUUGAGAAACCAGCUUCACCAGUGUCUGAAGCCAAGCCAGAAGAGGAUGAGCCAGCUGAAGAAUCAGAAGAAGUUGUGACUGAGGUCACUGAAGUCACUGUAACCAAACUUGACGAAAAGAUUGUUGAAGCAAAGGCCAUUUCUCCGGUGGUCGAGGCCAAGCCUGUUGAGGUUGAGAAACCAGCUUCACCAGUGUCUGAAGCCAAGACAGAAGAGUAUGAGCCAUAUCUUCAAUCCGACUUUGGAGAAUCUACUGAAAUUGAUGAAUCUGAAAAGACCGACUCAAAAUUGGAAAAGAAUAGCUUGAAAUUGCAACUUAGUGAAACAUCACUUGAAACUGAGCAAACCUAUCAAACGGAAAUCUUAAGAAAAACUAUGGUACUGGAAUCUGGCCACGCUUUUGAAGCAUUCAAAAGACGUGAAUCAGAUGCGGAACGAGCCGAAAAGCUAGAACUCUCCGCACCAUCUGAUCCUUCAGAUAUUUCGGAAGAACUCAGGAAGGACGAGCCACGAUUCGAGGAUACAAGAAAGAGUUCGCUUUCUGCCGUGGAGGGUUCAUUAUAUGACGACGACUCGCCGUUACUGACCGACUUUACGACUUCAUCGAUUACGUAUGUUAGUGAACGAAUUGAUUCGUCUUCGCUUGAGCUUAUGGCCGGAGACAGUUUCGCAGAUUUUCUUAAGGUAACGACAUUACCCAGUAAAACUGAGGAUAAAAAGGUGGAAGCGCACUCGCCGAGUUCAUGCGUUUCUUAUGCAACGACCAUAAGUGAAACAAUUGGAUCGUAUACGCAAGAAAUGGACAGAGCAGAAUAUACCGGUGGAUCAAUUCAGCAAGAUGUUCCGACCGAGUAUGAACGUUCAGUUUCCAUCAGUGACAAUGCUGCAUCAGAUUUCUCAACUGAGUCGGCCACCAAGUAUAACUUGCCCUACGACACUGAAUCGGACAGCCAUGAGGUCGGUACGGGUUUGGCAAAACAACGAGAUGAUCGAAUGAAAAACGAAGAUUUGCAAGAGAUAAAGCAAGUGAAAUCGUGUAAACUCAUGUCAAUUGAUCCCCGCCAUGAGUCUGCCUCGCCACAAAGUGAUGUUACGGAAUAUACGGAGAGUGUAUCAUAUGUAGAGUCAAUUAUUGACAGUACAAAUUACGACAACGCCUUAAAGCUGAAGGAAAAACAGAAAGAAUUGCAAAAGCAGGACGAAAAGGUCGAUACUCAGGAAAAGUUUAUGAUUGAUGGCGAGAAAGAGGAAACAAUGAGAGUUUCUAGCAUAAAAUCCGUUGCCGAAAAAAAGGAACAAACUCAGGUAAAGAAAAAACCCAAAACAAAAGCCACUGUAACUAAAUUAAGUCUACAAAAGCAAACGCCUAUUGAAAUUUCGAAGCAAUCGAGCAAAACCGUUGAUAUCAAGUCUGGUUCCAAGAGUGUCGAAUACUCGUCCAGCACAAGUCGAACAACAACGGUUACUCGCUCAUACACCAGCACCAGGACGCACGGUUAUAUGCAAUCAACAUUGUCGCGGGACCAAAAGGUAUUGAAGCCGCUUAAUCUGACUGAAUCGACGCAUUCUUCGCCCGUGAGAUCUACCUAUCGCACCACCUCGACGACAACAUCAACUACAACUGCACAGUCUGCCGUCGAGAAGAAAGCCAGAUCUUCCAGAGAAACUUCCAGUAGCAGAUCCGAGGCGACUGCCACAAAGCCUGUCAGCAAGUCUGAACCAGCCUCCAGUUCAAGUGCUGUGAAAAAACAAGAGCCUAAACCAGCUGUGCAAAGCACCAAAUAUACCCGAACUUCUGCCGAUCGUUCAGAUCGAACAGGAGGCCGUUCGUCGUCUUCGUCCGUCACCAGCAGCACCAGUCGCUAUCACCGCUCCAGGAAGUCAUCCGAGCCGACCGACAAACCACAACCGGUGACGAUCAAAAAGGCCGACAAGGAUCAAGCUAAUAUUGCUACCAAAACAACCACCACUGCUUCCAAAAUGACAAAAGAGCGCGCCAACAAAAGCUUGAUUCCGGUCAAAGUGCAGCCAAGUGGCAAAGCAUCACCGAAAAAGGAACCAGCAGUGAAGAUGACCGUAGAUAAAUCCCCAGCAAAAACCCCGAGAAAACCAUUAGAUGGUAGAACUAAAGAAACUGUGAUAGUAAAGACCACUAGUGCCAGGUCUUCUGAUGUAUCCACCGAUGUGCAAAAGAUUACGUCCACGUCCAGCAAGAUCGGGUUCGUCAAAACCGCACCACGGUUGACGAAAACAGUACACACGUCCGGUGAUUCGAAGCGCGAUGAUACGUACCGGUGCAAAUCUGCCAUGCACUAUUCGUACAAAGAUGCCGUUGCGUUCGACCACGCAGAGAUUCCGUCUUCGUUGCCGUCUAGUCCGAGCCGUCUCAAUAAGAGUUCCUCCAACAGUACAAAUGUUCUGACUAGUGAAGUAUUUACACGCACAAUCGACUCGUCCAAAUCUAUCGAAGUGAUUUACCGUCAACCGUCGACCUCGAACGAACUGAUACGUAAGAUCAACGAGUACCGCUACAAUGACAUUGACCUGACCACUGACUCUAGCCUGUCGGACUCGAUCGCGCUGCCUUCUUCGUCGUCCGAGCACGAGGGUGAAGGGCUGGGCAACAAACGCAAACGCUCCGGAAGUCCAGCAUCGCCCAAGGCUGCUCACACUACGACUUCGUCUGCGUCCUCGUCCACGACGACCACGACCCGCAAGCAGGCCCAAAUCAUGCAAUCAAGCGAGCAAAGAUAUCGCAAGUCGGACAUUUGGAUGCGGUCCGCCGGGCCAACGUCGUCGGAAGUGAUGCCCGACGCCGACGAUGAGAUCUAUCAGGCGUUGCACGCCGCCGAUCGACGCACGGUUGCAUCCCUCGACGCGAUCGUGAUGGAGAGUCGCAUCUCGCCGAUACUCGAUUUCCGUGCAUCGACACCGCCCCGUCUGAAGUAUAAGUUUGAUUACGAUAGUUCCCUGUUUACAGAUGACAAACAUGAAGAAGAUUUACACGCGUCAACAAGCUACGAAGGCGAAGAUUAUCUAAAUUUAGUACACUCGGAAGCUAGUAACUUAGUUGAUAGUAUACUGGAGCAAAGUGUGUCGAUCGUCAGCCAUUCCCAGGCUCAGGGCAAUGGCAUCGGCGUCGACGCACAAGCCCAGUCCGAAAGUGAACAGUACGCGAUCCGUAGCGAUAUACUGUCCUCGAACGAGGCCGACCAGGUCGUAAAGUCGCCCACCAUUGAGUCCAUGUCAGGCAAGUCGUUCGACGAUAACAUUAGCAAUCCCGACUACGACAGUAGCGAGGCUAACCAGCAGAUGGCCGCAGCUACCGUGGGCAUUACCAAAACCGCUGAGGUAGUGGAACUAUGUCUACCCGUUGGCGGUGACGUAAUGCAGCAGGAACGCCGCGACAAAAAGAUCGAGCGACGAUACGCGCGUCUGUCGUCGGAAAUCGAGCCGGAAGAGUUGUCGGACAAGAACCGCGAAUACGACGAGGCCAUUGCCCAGAUCAAAGAUGAAGUUUCGGGCCUGCAGAGCGAAUUUUCCAAAAUGAGCUGGGAUGAGAGCAUGUCCGCUACCACCGGUGAUUUCGGUUCCAGCACGCCCGAUCACGACCUGCAAGAAACAGAUAUGCAACCACAAUCAGAAAUAACCAUUCCAAAGCCAACGCCGCGAUCGCAAACUAAUCUGGCCGCUGAAGUUGCCACUGAUGCAUCCGUUGCAACUGCUAGCAGCAGCGUCACUACUACUACUGCCACGUCAACCACUACUGCUAGCUCUUCUGCUGCUGCUGUUGCCCCCUCACUAACCACCUCCGAAGCGAUAACCACGGUCAAAACCACGGAGGAACCCGCCUCCGGCGAACUGAGCGAGCUGUCCAGCAGUCAGGAGCCGCUGCCGGUGCCGAAACCCCGCACCAGUAUCUCGUCCCGCACGGACACCCAGACGCGGUCCAGCAUCAUCGAGUCGUUCGACCAGCCGGAAGACUCGAUCGAGCAGUACCCGGAACCUAGCAGCACCAACCAACGGCAGGAAUCGGUCACGUCCGAAGACCUGUCCGCAGCUGCCGGCGGACCCCAGCGCAGCUCGAUUGAUUUUGAAACCAGCGACGAAGAACAACCGGCGACCAAGUUCUACAUUGGCGAGCGCAGCAGCGAUGUCAUCACGCGAACGUCCCUCGACAAACGGUCGGACUUUGCGUUCGACAACGUUGGCUACGAGUGCUCGCAGGACUCGGGCGCGGAAGAACCCUCGGACAACUUUAAGGCGUUCCGCGAGAAGGUGCUGGAAGAGGACGGGUUCACGCUCAAGUCGCUGCAGGAGGUCGAAAGCGGAACGGCACUCGACGAAGAGGUACGAGCCGAGGUGAUCGAAGUCAUUGAGGGAGUCGCCGAAAAGCCGUUCGAGCUUGAUUUCGAAAAACCGAAAGAAUCUGCUCGCCAACCGGUUGUUCACUCUCCUAUCGAGCCACAGCAGGCAACGCUGGUCGAAGGUGCCGUACCCGCUAAACUAGAUCGUUUCGAGUGCGCUGAGGAAGUUAAAGAGCAUACCACAAAACGCACCAUCGACGAGCUGGUGAUCGAGAAAACGUUGGAAGAAAUCAAGGAAUCACUCGAUGCCGUGCAGGAAGAGUUGAUCGAAUCGGUCAUCGAUGGACAGCUUAUCAAGCAAUCCCCAUCGGAGUUUGAGUUCAAGGUGUUGCCAUCCAGCAAACACGCACAAGAUCCCAUCUACGAAGCACACCAGGAAGAAGUGGUAACAACCACAACGAUUCUCACGGAAAUCAAGGCACCCUCUGUUGAAGAGCAAAAGGCCUCCGAUACCGAUUCCAAGGAAACAUCGUACGAGUCGGCAAAGCAGGAAGAACCCGCUGCCUCCGACAGCUCGGUAGCCAAACUGGAAGUAUCCGCCCGGCCGCACCGAGCUUCGCAUCAGCCCAAGGGAAGCCGCUGGUCUGCCACCGAUAUCGACAGCUCCGGCGAAAGCCACUACCAGAGCUUUGAACAUACCGACAGUAGCCGGCCGCUGUCCACCGACGUGGACAACCUGAUGCAGUACGGCUCAUCCGAGUACGAAACCGCACAGGAUCAUUCCUUUAUCCCGGCAUCCACCGAGUUUCACAGUGCAGUCAGCACACUGAACUCGUACAACGCUGAAAGCUCGCACGACAGCAUGAAGAGUUUCGACUCGGAAAGUUCCGGCCACUUGGCGAGCAAUGAGUCCGAGGCAACCGAAACGUUGGUCCCAUCAACGAUGGACAUUGAUUUCGACUCGUCGGAUGCAGCAGCGCUGAUUCAUGACGAUUCCGAGGACGAUUUGCGCGAAAAACUGCUGCUUGACGACAAGGAAGAGCUUUCGUCCGUGUCCAGCGCCAUUCCGGUGGCGAUGAAACGUUCGCAAGAGAUGAUCUUUACAGCUGAUUUCAAGGAAGACAUGCUGGAGGAUACACCGGAUGUCUUCCAGCUGCACGACGAGGUCGAACUGGUAGCACUGGAGCAAGCCGAGAAGCUUAGCUCCAGCAUUGGAAACGCGCUGGAUUUGGUUGAAGCGAUGAAGGCUUCCAGCUUGGAGGAUGUCAAGACCGAAUGCAUCGAUGAUUCGAGGCUGGGCACGAGCAUGGAAGACGGCAGCAUUCUUUCCAUCAGCUUAUCGAGUGCAUCGAAUCUGGAAACCAUCAUGGAGAACCUGCCCGACAAGCUGGACAGCCUGCCUACCCACGUUGAAAUAGGACUGGAUGCAAUUACACCGGUCGCUGGAAGCUCGAAGGACAUUCUCGGAGACAUUACGCUAACGUCGACAGUUGUCAGGGAAGGUGAUGUGAACUUUUUAAACACGCAAGCUACAACCGAAAUUACCGCCGCUGUAAGCGAAAUCAAGGAAGUGACGGAAGAGGCAAUCAAAAAACGAGGCCACAAACGCUCGGAAAGCACGGCCAUCACCGGGAAACUACUCGAGGAAAUUGCAGCCGAAGCGCGUGACUCGCUAGACUCGCAGGAGGAAUCUGCUUCGCAGGAAGCAUCCAAACCGCCGAGUUUGGAACGCGACGAGGUUCGCGAAGAGUCCUCCGACUCGGAUUACGACCGCUACGAGUCCGAGUAUUCGCGUUCGUUCCGAGCUCCGCUGAUUCAGUCGCAAAAGAAGAAGAAGGACAUCAAAACCGAAGGGUUCGAGAUUGAGAUCGAGCACGACAGACGCAACUCGUUCUCGCCGUCGAGCUCGGUCAUCGAGACCAUCGUCGAGGAUGUGCACGCCGAGAUUGAACAGGGCGAUGAGGCGCAGCAGAUUAUGGAAAUCAAAAAGGAGCAGCUGCAGGAAUAUCAGCAGAGCUCGGCGCAGCUCAUCCCGGACAUUCAGGUGACCGAAGAUGUGCAACAGGGCGAGGCCUCGGCCGUCAAGGAAGAAGUGGCUUCAAGCUCGAAAACGGUUACGGUCACGGAGCCGAGUGAUCCGAAAAUUCAGUUUGCCAAACAGGAAGAGUUUAAGAUUAGCGAAGAGCAAUACCAGGAGAUGAUCGAGCAGCGGUACAAGUCAAAGAUGGCCGACAUAACUACGAAGUACGAUUACGAAGCGGACGAUAAGGAUGAUUCGGCGGGUUCGGAUUCGUUCGAGAUGCUGGAGCAGCCGGACAUUUCUGAUGAGUUUGUAAUUGUUGAGGAGGUGGCACGCGAAGCGCAUGAGUGCGAUACGGAAGGUAAGAGCGUUUCGAUCAAGCCUAUCAAGAAGGAGAAGAAACACGACGAGGAGGUGGAGAAGAUACUGGUGAAGUCGGCACCAGCACAUACCAAUGCGGGAUCGAUGUACGCAAAUAUGCGCGAAGAUAUGAUGUAUCAGUUUGAGGAGAGUCCACCAACCGGCGGUGAGGAGGUUGAUCCUUCCGGGGUGACGAUGGAUCUCUUGAACAACGGAUAUCCACUGGAGGAAAGCAAACGGUGGGUCGAGAUGCAGCUGGCUGAAACGCAAAACUUCCGCUAUCCGUACGAGGACAGGCUGGAAGAUAUUAAGGAAGAGGACACAGAUUUCGAAGUUGGCAGUAGCCGGAUUGGCAGUAUUAAGGAUUCGUUCUCCAGCACACCGGAUUACGAUUUGUUGGCGAAGAGAUUGGCAUCCAGGGAGCACGAUGACAUCUCGAUGAGCAGCCUGCAGGAGUUUGAAAGUUUGGAACAGGUGAUCUCGCUGGAGAACCGUAAGAUGCAGCAGGGUUCGCAGGAUUCGCUGAGCAAUGGAAGUUUCACGAGACGGUUCCUGGCGCGCAGCCACGGUGAUGAUAUUAGCUUGUCUAGUUUGAAGGAGUUUGAGGGACUGGAGACUGCAUGUAUCGAAGCACAUUUGAUCGAGAUCAAGGCCAAGGAAGAAGCUGCACUGCUGCUGUCGCGAUCGGACGAAUCAAACAAGUCGGAUAGGUCGAACGGUGCAAAACGGAGUCCACCCACGAAUGGAGCGGUCGUGAAGGCAACUACAACGACGACUUCCGUCACGUCGGGACCGGAGACGAGCACACGGGUUGAGACGAGAACCGUUACCACUGAGGUAGGCAAGGAUACGUCAUCUACAACGACCACCGCUACAACGACCGUAACGACAAUCUCGCAGGAGAGUCAAGUCAAGCAUGCUUUUGAUGAGGAGGAUACCUCACAUUUGCUGACCGUGUCCACGGAUAGUUUGCAAAAGCUCACCCAGGACAAGGAAACACUCCCGUCGGCCCAUUCCAGCAGCGACAGCCUGGAGAUCAACAACAAGAACAAUGUUGACGCCAUGACCAGCAGCAUCGACUCGAUAGAGUUUUCCAGGGCUGGAGUCAUCACGACGCGCUCGUCACGGUCUGACUCGAUCGAGCAGAUGGCACUGCAGCAGCCCCAGCGUAGCGACAGUACGGACUCGAUCGAGUUCCAGCAUGCAGUGAUGUCGAGGACCAGCGAAACCAAGCGUGACUCGCUGGACUCGUUGCCGUACAGUUCCGAAGCGAAGAGUGGAUUCAGCAGUCCAACGAAGCCGGUAAGUGGCCAACGAGUUGUGACGGAAAGCGUCGCCGUUGCCGGAACAAGCUCGAGCUAUCAGUACACCGCGUCGAUGCAAUCCGGCAUGACGAAGGAUAUCUCCGUGGAUUCGCUCACCGGACAGGACGCCUUCCUGACCAGUACCGAGAGCUUGGAGACCAGCUCGACCGCUACGAACGCGACCUAUCAGAACGAAACAGACUCGCAGAUGUCGUCGAGCGUAACCAGCUGCGGUUCGAUCACGAUGGUCGACACGCUGGACAACAUUGGAGAUUUGGACAACUUUGGGCUGCAGGAAAGCGUAACGUUCAUGAGCAGCAGCAGUACGGUGGCAAGCAGCUCCCAGCAACAGCAGCAGCAGCAGUAUCAACAACAACAACAGACGACCCAAAUACUGCGCAGUACUUCAUCCACUACGUCUACGACUUCGACCGCGGCCAUCGCCAGAGGAGAGUUUCCGAUUUCGGAAAUCGAACUGUUAAGUAGACAAAUGUAUCCAGGGGACUUGACACACGACGACACGAAGGAGUCGCCAAAGGAGAAGCUUCAAAGCAAAACGACUGAAAAGGAGGACUAAAUGACGGACUUCACUUCUAUAGAGCGAGCGCACGUGGAGAUUGUCGAUUUUGAUUUCCAACCGCUGUGCAGCAAAUUAGCAGACAACCUAUUUCCAGCUAUUUAAACAUAAUUUACCCAUAAACAUAAAAAAAAUAAAAUAAAACCAACAGAGGCGGCAACAGCACUAUUAAAUCUACUAAAUUAUUACAAUACAGAAAACUAAAAAUCACUGCGAAAUAACAAAACAGAAAACAAGUUGUAAAGCUUAGCUCAAUUUUUCGUUUUAAUCUGCUAACUGGAAAAGUGACCCAACUAAAAAAGAAACCGUGGAGAAUCCACUGCAGAAUUAAAUCUUAUCUCGUAUCUUAAACCCGAAGCUAGAGGACAAACAAACCAAAAAAAGAGAUAAUCGUAAGUUAUCAAAAAAAGAAAAAGAAGAAGAAUCAGGCGAAUGACACGAACGGUCGAACCAGACACUAAAAUCGUAAAAUCGAAAACAAUCGGAACGGAGUUUAAUCUGCCGCUAGUCACGCGACGAAGGGACGAACUGGUCUAGCUUUGCCAGAAGAAGAAACAAACAAAAAAUGAUGAUAUUUAAGAAACUAUUGACUAAAGAAAACCAAAUGUACUCUAUUCACUCAUUUUAUCCCUGUAAUCUCUCGCUCUUUUGACCCAGUCAACGUAACCUUCAAGUUAGAAACUAAAAGAGAAACAAAAAAACACGAUAUCAUUGGAACACCUUGGUUCGCUUCGCUUUUGGGUUGCAUAAGAAAAUUUUUAUAAGACAACCAAAUGAAAACAAAAAAGAAAAUAUUUUAUGUAUCACAAUUGAACGUUAAGCAAGUAUAGCUAAAACAUCGUACGCAAAGAAACUCUAACAGAAAAAAACAAACAAAAACUGCUACUGUGGCUGAAAGUGAAGUUGUUAACUUUUAUAUGUUGAUGAUGAGAAGAGAAAAAAAUGGUAACCGUAAAACAAAAAGGCGAUGUUGUGAAAAGGAAAAAAAGGAAAAACGGCAACCUCUAGCAAACCAAGUAUUUUACAUGAUAUUUAAGGUAACAAACAAAGCAUUGCAAAGUAAAACCAAACCAUUAUACUGAUUCGAUGUAAAAUUUGCGAAACUAUCAAAUAAACGCUUAAUAAAAAAUUAAA